GCGAGGAUGCUCUCCAGCUCCAAUCCAAGAAAGACUCACUGGAACAGAGCUCCUCAUUGACCACACAAGCAGCUUCAUUGUAGCGUCAGGUUAUAACUCCCCGUACGAUUCCAAAUAGCAUUUAUCGUUGUUUUACUCUGUUUUGAACGAGUUUAACCGGUUCGCGAAAGUGAAAUUAGAAACGGCGUCGCUUACGCAACUCGGGUAGAAGUUUUCUGAGUGAGUUAGCUUCCGCUGCUAGCUCAAGAAGUCAAGGAGCCGUGUGUCCCCCCAGUAUGCUUCUGGGUGACUGAAGAAAAGAGGAGAGAGGGGAGGAGGAAGACGUUUGUUGGGCUUUUUCUGGAACCGAUAUGAACCUGGCAGAAGGCAGCAAGCAAGCCGCUAGGAGACACACUCUGCUACGGCAUGGAUAAAUAGCAGAACAGCUGCUGUGUCUGUGAGAAGAAAGGUGGAGGAGGACACCAGCGACUAUGAGCAGGGCAGAACAGAAGGACAAGUUCUUGUCCCGAAGUGAAGAGCCUCUCCAUCGCCUUCAUCACUCAAAACCGGAUCCCCUGAUUCGAGUCAGGCCCCUCAGCGACCUAUUUCCAUCGCAGAGCCUUGCAGACAGGAGCUCAGGCCCCUGCCUGCUGUCCGGUUGUGGCUCCCAGGUACAGCCUGUGGGUGAAGCUCCAUUCUCUGAUGAGAGCAGAAUAAAUGGAAUCAACUCCUCUGCCUGGACCAACCCAGGGAACAAUCAAGCUGAAGGAAGGCCUUACAAUUCAAGAAUAAUGAGGCUGUUUUCUAACUCGAGGAAGGGUGUCGUCCCUCCUCACAGCCCUGAUGCAGAAAGCUCGAACAACGACGGGAACAGCAGCCCCCAGCCGUGGACCGGAUUGGCAGGGCUCGGUGUUAUGGACUCCUUUAAAAAACUGCGGUCAUCUGUGCUGCAAGGAAUUCAGAGUAAAGGGGCAGCGAGCAACAUUGCCCCCCCACUUUUCAUGGACAUGCCUAAUGGAUCAGCCAGGAACAGCUCAGGGUCUGAUCUAGCUGAUGCAGCUAAUCAUAUAUCUAAUCUACAUUUACCAGACCAAUUUUCAGCCACCAAGAAACAGCACGACUCAGAUAUUGAGGACUAUGAUGAUGAGGAGGCUGACUGUGAGCUCCAACGCAAUUCCCGAUUUUCCAGGAGCAUCAGGAGAGCAUACGGCGCAGGAAGGAUCACGUUACUUGACUUAGAAAAUGGAAGAGGAGCAGGUAGAGAGAAAGCUGACACUACACACAUGACACAAAAACCAAAUCAAAAAUCAAGGGUUGAUGUCCAAACAGAGACCCAGAAGGAAAAUAUCAAUGUGAAGGUUUUGAGCAGACUCAGCAAAAGUGCAGAGAACCUUAAUUUAUUUAAGCGACCUACGAGACGAAAAAGCCCAUGUCCAGGACUUGCUUCACCUCAGGACGACCUUCAGGGCAUCACGUUUCCAAACGGGACACCCAGCAUCCAAAGGACCUCCAGCGUAUCUUCGGUGGACCUCCGAGGCAGGAGGAGCCAAAUGAAGAACAAGGGGCCAAUGGUCAAGCUGAUCGGCAGUAUGACCGACCUAACCGGCCGGCGGAGUAAGAGUCUGUCCACGAGUCCCACCUCUCCGUCUCCCAUGUCCCCCCUGAGCCGUCUCCACGAUGACUACUCUCGACGUCUGCCUUGCCUGCAAGCCAGUGAGCGACAGCGCCGGCCCACAGCCGCCACCGCUCAGGUCACCUCCGCCAAAAGCACUCCUCUCAUUCACACGGAGCCCGAACACCACGCAGAGCCGCAGCCCUGUCAGACUGUCAUCGACCCACUUUCCUCAGAGCCCCGAGAUUCACCAGAGCAGCUUCAAGCUGAUAUCUCUGCUCAGCAUGAGCUGCCGCCUGCUUCAACAACAAGUAAUUCUGAACAGAUGGUCGAAUGUGUUUCACCCCCACUCAGUCAGGGAGAAGCAUCGCAACAACAACCUGACUUUGCCUCGCUGCCAAAUGAGGUAAAAUCACAAUUUCAAGAACAAGAAGCACUUCUGCAAACAGACGAAGUCUCCACAGCAGCCAGCAGCCCACCUCCUUACCCCCCAGCACGCCUCUCUAAUAUACCCACAUCACCCACAGAGGAGGCUGCAACUUCCACAGAGACGUCUUCGGUCCAAACCAGACGAAGGAGCGGCCGCCCCAGACCCCGGCCCAUCUCUGACUAUGCCCAGCUGGUUUCCAGGAAGCAAUCCAUCCCAGAGGAAGUUCCGGUGCCAAACUAUCCGGAAAGGACAUUGGACGCACGGCUGCAUGAAAACGGGAGCAGCCCUGAGAAUUAUGCCUUUAACGGGGAUGUUCCGAGACAUCGGCCCAUCUCUGUGAUCGGAGCUGUGGAUCUCUUCCCUGCAGAUAAGGAGAUGAAGGAGGAUUCCCUUCCUCCUCCUUUGUCACGACCACCGAUCCCCUCCCACAAGGUGCCCCCCUACAGAGGAGUGUCUGCCAGAUUCCGACCCUGCCCUCUAUCCCAGAGCACCCCUAUCGGACUGGACCGCGUGGGGCGGCGCAAGCUCCACAGAGUACUGAGCGCUGGUGUGUCUGAAAGCACAGCUACGCUUGAUGACAGCGUGAGCGAGGAGGAGGAGAGCAGCUUCGAUGAGCUCGCCGAUGGCACGCCCUACCUCCAGCCUGGGGUGGAGCUCUCAUUGCUCAACGAGUGGAUAAGCUCAGGGCAUGGCGUGUACGCCGAGGCUCUCUGGGACCAUGUGACCAUGGAGGAGAAGGAGCUGGCCUUCAAGGCCGGAGAUGUUAUCCGCCUUCUGGACGCUUCCCACAAGGACUGGUGGUGGGGCAGGGGGGGUGACAGGGAGGCCUGGUUCCCUUCCAGCUUUGUGAGGGUGCGUGUAAACCAAGAGGACUCGAGCACUGAGAGCGUGGAGAGCGUGGCAGACCAGGAGGAUCCAGCUCCCAGGGACAAACCCAGCACUCAGCACAGGGAGCAAAUGAGAACCAAUGUGGUUCAAGAAAUCAUGAAAACCGAACGCAUUUACAUCAAACACUUAAAAGACAUCUGUGAGGGUUACAUCCGUCAGUGCCGAAAACACCCCGACAUGUUCACAGAGGUGCAGCUGAGAACGAUCUUCAGCAACAUAGAAGACAUCUACAAAUUCCAGAGGCAGUUCCUCAGAGAACUGGAGAAGAAGUACAACAAAGAAGAACCACAUCUGAGUGAAAUAGGCUCCUGUUUCCUCAUGCAGGGUGAGGGCUUUUCAAUCUACUCUGAGUACUGCAACACGCAUCCCGCUGCCUGUGCUGAGCUGCAGCGUCUUAUGAAGAUGGGGAAAUACAAACAUUUCUUUGAGGCCUGCCGCCUCCUCCAGCAGAUGAUUGACAUCUCUAUCGCUGGCUUUUUGCUCACACCUGUCCAGAAGAUCUGUAAAUACCCUCUUCAGCUGGGAGAGCUGCUUAAAUACACACCUAAAGACCACAGGGACCACACUGGUGUCAGUGAAGCAUACGAGGCUAUGAAGAAGGUGGCCAGUUUAAUUAAUGAGAGGAAGAGGCGGCUGGAGAGCAUCGACACCAUCGCUCACUGGCAGGUUGCCAUUUUGCACUGGGAGGGGCCCGACGUGCUGGAGCGCAGUUCGGAGCUGAUCCAUUCUGGCGAGCUGACCCGAGCCGUUCGGCAGGGCAAGCUGCAGCAGCGAAGCUUCUUCCUUUUCGACCACCAGCUUGUCUACUGCAAAAAAGACGUCCUGCGAAGAGACCUACUCCACUAUCGAGGGCGUCUAGAUAUGGAUGAGAUCGAAGUGUUGGACAUUGCUGACGGGCGGGACUCGGACCUGGGCCUCACUCUGAAAAAUGCUCUGCGGCUGCGGAACGCCUCCACCCUGGAGUUUGUGUGCGCACUUUGCUGCAGGAAGGUGGAGGACAAGCAGAGGUGGUUACAGGCCUUUGCCAAGGAGAGGCAGAGGGUGAAGGAGGACCAGGAGAUGGGAAUAGACAUCAGCGAUGAACAAAGAAAACAGGCCAUUAUUAAUGCAAGAAGACCAAAACAUGGAAAGAUCAAAACCGUUGGUUAUGCCGACUCUGUCCCGCCACACCAGAACCUGCCUCCCCUUCAGCAGCGCCACAUCACCAUUCCCACCAGGGUGCCUCAGCAGCAGGUGUUUUCCCUUGCUGAGCCCCCCAGGAGAAAGCCUUACCACCUGCUGUACAGCAUCACCCGGAACACCUUCUUCAAGAAAUGAGCCUCUUGGACCUUUUUUCUUGUUUUCUACGCUGAACCAUCCCAAAAACUCACUGAACAUGUUUUGUUUUUUUCCUGUUUGUGUCGAGUCUUGUUUUUGCGCCUCUGUGUGUUUUUUAAUAUAUUUGUUUUUGUUGUGAAGCUCCUGAAAUUCAAAGAGGCGUCAAAAAAGUGUUAAAAUUCAGACCGUCGUUUUAUUCUUGUUUUUGUUAAAAAAUGCUGCUUCCUCAGAAAAACCCUGUUCCCUUUAAUCCAUUCCAACUCACAGGUUUAUUUCUGAUUAUGACAACGAUGUUUUGUCUGCCUUUAUGUUCAAUAAUAUGGUUUUAGUGUUUUUGUCGAGUUUGUCAACUCUGAGCACAGCAGGAUAAAUUAACUGCUCACAUUCAUACAAACUGUGUAAUAAUGUAAAUAAAACUGAUGUACAAACACAA